AUGAAGGCGAUGAUGAAGGUGAUAAUGAAGAUGAGUUCUCUGUUUUCCUUCCUGCGCUCGAAGAAGGCGGCGGAAGCUGCCGCUCGCUAUGAUCCAGCCCCACCGCCUCCUCUUAAGGCGGUGGCGGCGGCGGAAGUAAUUUGCCCAGAUCUAAAAUUGAAGGAUAGUUUGAUGAAACGGAAGAAGCUAUGCCUUUUGGUUAAUCUGGACAACACUCUCCUGGACACAAAUGAUUGGUGUGAUUUCACAAGGUACGAUAAGGAUUAUUUUAGUUUUUCUGGGGUUCAGAAAUUUUACAACGAAGGCAGAAUGAUCAAUUUAUUCGAUCUUAAGAUCAGAGUCAAGUUAAGGCCUUACAUUCUAAGCUUACUUGACCAUCUUGAAUCGUUGUACGACGUUAUCCUUUACUCUAGACGGUCACCUGCGUUUCUGGAUCUGAUUCGUCCACUGAUCGAUCCCGAAGGAGCAAACAAUUUAGAUCUAAUCUCAGCGGAGGAAAUCUGGAAAACGGAUCGUGUCAAAGCUUUUUUGUCGAACCCAGAAAUGGUGGUGAUCCUCGAUGAUACUGAAAAAGGAUGGAAAAAGUAUUCCAAAAAUGUCGUCAAAGUCAGUCCAUAUCCUUAUUUUGUUAAGAAUGGUAACACAAAGAAGAUAAACAAGUCUGUUUGGGAGUCUUGGACUGAAUUGAAGGGUGAUGAAUGCGAGGAAGGUGGUGAGCUUUAUAGGAUUUCAAGCCGUUUGGGGGGUAUUCAUACUAUGUUUUUCCAGCCUCAUUUUGAUUUUCAAGACAUUCGCCACAUUAUUCAACAUCUUCGAUCUAAGCAUGCUCUUGAUACUUUUCUUCCCAGUUGA